AUGACAAAACAUCUUAAUCUAAGCCAACUGUCCGAAGACUACAUAGCAGUUCAACAGCCGUUUAGAGGACGGUCGGCAUCACAGGUACUACAAAAGGAUACCGUUUUGAAUACAAUAGUCGUAUGGACUAAACGCCAGACAAUGAGGUGUCGGUUGAGGUGUUGCUACUCGUGUAUGGAUCUAAGUCAUGGUUUUAGACAAUCAUUGGUCGGCAGUGGCAGCGGUAACGGUAACAAAGUGGCCGAUUCGGCAACCAUUGAUAAGGUCGGGACAUUUGCCAGUGAACGGCUCAGAGCCCGUCAAAACAGAUGGCAAAUGUGGCGCCGAUUUUUCAGUCGGCCGAUGGCCAACAAACACGAGGAUGUUAUGACCAAAAAAGAGAGUGCAACAAAUGCCAAGUCGGCCGCAGCCGUGUCGGGAGUCAAGAGACGUAAUGCCGGCAUAUUUAUGGCCGACUAUGACGAGGAACUGACCACCACUGCUGCUACCGAUGAUGAUCGGGAUCAUCGGACGACCACUACUACUACUGCUACCGAUAGGACCGGUAGGCGUAAUGAGGGUUCGCUAGAGUUGUACGACUUGGAGACGGAUGGCAACAACGGCGAUGAUGUCGACAGCGGACACUACGAUGAUAUGAACCGUACGAUGACUACUACUACUACUACUACUACAACAACAACAAACAAAUAUGACAAAUACAUGGAUAAGCCGUGA